AUGGAUGACCAAUCUAAAGACAGAUCUCCCAUCGUGGAGGAGCAGGGUUGCCCCCAGCCUGCUCCGCCGAAGUUCCCUGAAGGUGGCCUGCGGGCAUGGCUCGUCGUGCUGGGUGCCUGGUGCGUGUCGUUCAGCUCUUUUGGGUAUUUGAAUGGCUAUGGAGUGUACCAGGAUUAUUAUACGAAGCAUCUCCUCGCGGGAGAAGCGUCAUCGACGAUAGCCUGGAUUGGAUCUGUACAAGUGUUUUUCCUCUUUGCCGGCGGUAUAGUGGGAGGUCCAUUGUUUGAUAGAUUUGGCGCUGUGAUCUUGUAUCUUCCUUGCAUGUUGUCUGUCUUGUCGGUCAUGUUGACCUCGCUCUGUACGAAAUACUACCAGCUGAUGCUGGCCCAGGCGAUUCUGGGCGGCAUCGCCAACGGGACCGUCUUUGCCCCGUCGAUGGCCUGUGUUGGUCACUACUUCCACGCGCGACGAGCCGCCGCUCUGGGCGUGACAGUCUCCGGGUCAUCUCUAGGAGGUGUAUUGUUCCCCAUUGCGAUCAGCAGGAUGCUUCGGAACCCGUCCCUGGGAUUCGCCUGGACGGUACGCAUCAUGGGGUUCUUGAUUCUCGUUUUGUUGUCAAUCGCCUGCGUGGCCAUCAAGGGCCGUCUUCCGCCACGAGCAGGGAAGAUCUUAUUGCCUCGCGCUUUUCUGCACUUACCAUACACACUCAUCACCUUUUCCAUAUUUUUCAUGAUGUGGGGUAUGUUCACUCCGUUCUUCUACCUGCCGCAAUAUGCCCAGCUGCAUGGGAUGAGCUCAAAUCUGUCUUCCUAUGUUCUUUCCGUCCUCAACGCAGCAUCAUUCUUUGGUAGGGUUCUCCCCGGGUUUCUGGCCGACAAGAUUGGCCGAUUCAACACCCUCUGCGUCGAGGGGAUCGUGACCGGCAUUUUGCUCCUGUGCUGGCCGGCAUGCAAGUCCAACGCAUCCAUCCUCGCAUUUGGCGCCCUGUACGGUCUGUUCUCUGGGGGUAUCGUCUCGUUGAUGUCCCCGUGCAUCGCGCAGGUUACCCCCGAUCCACGCAACAUGGGGACCUACCUGGGGAUGGGAAUGACCAUUGUCGCCGUCGCCGGUCUGACGGGCUCCCCAAUCACCGGGGCACUGAUCGAGAAUUCGGGCUCAUACACUUCGGCAGCUGUUUUCUGUGGCGUGGUGGUGCUAUUCGGAGUUGUCCUGACCUUUAUCGCCAAGAUCAGGCUUGACAAGAAGCUGUUUGCCCGGGUGUAA